GAAGAAAAGAAAGAAAGAAAAUGUGCCUGUGAUGACGUGUUAACUUAUACAACAAUAUUAUCCACAGUAGAUAGGAGAUGCGACCCGGAAAUCGCCCGUUAUAUUUUUAUUAAAUAUGUGACGAAUGUGCUAACUGAGGCAGAACACAGCUGCACACACGUGUACGGCAACCAGUUAGUGUUGAAACCAGUAAGGACGUUACACCGGUUCUGGUCCCUCAUUCCUCCAGAGACAGCAGCUACGGUAGAAACAAUGGCAGCCCAGCAGGUGCUAACUGAAACUUUGAAUGAUUUGAGUUCAGAGGAGCUUCAUGAAUUCAAGUCAGUCAUUGAAUAUGAGAAAGAUUUCCCAUCCAUCUCAAGAAGUCGACUGAAAGCAGCCAACAAGGCAGACAUAGUGGAGCUGCUGGUGGAGACGAACGGUGCAGAGUGUGUGGAGUUGACCAAAAGGGUUUUAAAGAAGAUGAAGAAGACUGAUCUGGAGCAGAGAUUAUCAGACAUCAGCCCAGGAACCAAAGAGAAACAGCAGCCUCCACUGAUCCAAAGAGUGGAAGCGAUGGCGUCUGUCAUUGAGCUGCUUUUGGAAACAUUGAAAGAAUUGAAUGACCGGGAGCUCAAGAACUUCAGGAUUGUCCUCAGGCAUCAAAGUCUCAAAGUCCCUUUCUCAGAUUUCUCACGGAUGCUGCCAAAGACAGCAGACAGGCAGGACGUGGUGUUUUCACUGGUGCUGACUGACGGCCAACAGUCUGUGGAGACGACCAGGAACCUUUUAUUAGAGAUGAACAGGACUGAUUUGGUGCAGAGGUUGUCAGACAGCAGCUCAGGACCCAAAAAGGAACACUCUGUGGAUGAACACCUGUCUGCACUGAUCCACAAAGUGGCAACAAUGGCGGCUGUGAAAGAGCUGCUUUCAGAAACACUCAAUGAUUUGAGUUACGAGGAGCUAGAAACAUUCCAGUGGUUGCUGGAGUUCAUGUUCUUCCAGAGGAGGAUUUCUCUCACGUCAGAGAUACAACUGAAGUUUCUAAGAAGGGGAGACCGACCGGUAGAUUUAAUGGUGGAGGUGUGCGGUCAGCAGUCUGUGGAGGUGGUGAAGGAGGUUUUCAUGAACAUGAACAGGACUGAUCUGGUCCAAAGGCUGAGCAGCUCAGGACACGAAGCUGCAGGAUCAUCAGCUGAAGCAUUUGGUGUGAAAACUGCAGAGAGAGAGAAACACAGUGUGGAUGAACAUUGGCCUGCACUGAUCCAGAAAGUGGACACGAUGGCGUCUGUUAUAGAGCUGCUUUUGGAAACACUGGCUGCUUUGACAGACGAUGAGCUCGAGAAUUUCAAGUUGAUCCUUUUGCGUGAAACCGACUUCGACGAACGACUCUCAUCCAGUUCAUUGAUGCUGCCAGAGAUAAAACACAGGCACGACAUAGUGUUUUUACUGGUGCAGACUGACGGACAACAGUCUGUGGAGACGACCGAGGAGGUUUUAAAGAAGAUGAAGAGGACUGAUCUGGUGCAGAGGUUGUCAGACAGGAGCUCAGCACCCAAAGAGAAACACUCAGAUGGACACCGACCUGCACUGAUCCAGGGAGUAGCAACAAUGUCAGCUGUUAAACAGCUGCUUUUGGAAACUCUGAAUGAUUUGAGUGACAAAGAGCUCGAGAAAUUCAAGUGGAUCCUGGAGGAGACUGUCAUGUUGAAGAAUCUUUUAUCCCGCAUGUCACCGAUAAGACUCACCGGAGAAAGGGCAGAAUUAGUCGAUCAGAUGUUGGAUACCUUUGGUCAACAGUCUUUUGACUUAACCGUGGAGGUUGUAAAGAAAAUGAACAGGAUUGAUCUGAUGCAGAGGCUGUCAGAGCCCAGCUCAGGACUCAAAGAGAAACCCUCUGUGGAUGAACAUCGACCUGCAGUGUUGAAGAUGGCAGCUGUAAAACAUGUUCUUUUGAAAGCACUGAAGGAUUUCAGUCAAGAGGAGUUUGAGAAAUUUAAGUGGUUGCUGCAGUUGGCGUACUUCCAGAAGGGGCUUCCACACAUCUCAUGGAAACAACUGGGCUGGGCAAAUUGUGCAGACACACUGGUGCGUCUGAUGGUGGAGAACCAGCAGCCGAUGGAGGUGACCAAAGAGGUUUUCAUGGACAUGAAAAGGCCUGAUCUGGUAGAGAGGCUGUCAGAGACCAGCUCAGGACUCAAAGGGAAACAUCAGUCUAUACUGCUCCAGAAAGAAAUAACGAUUUCGGAAACGCUGGAUAAUUUAAAUCGCAAAGAGCUCGAGCAAUUCAAGCAUGAGCUGCAGCUCACUGGAAUAAAAGGACACAGAACGAAGACAGCAGAGACAGUUGGCCUGGCAGAGCUGAUAGUGGAGACCUACGGCCAGCAGUCUGUGGAGGUGACCAGGGAGGUUUUAGAGAAGAUGAACAGGAGAGAUCUGGUGCAGAGGUUCUCUGAAAUCAACUUAGGAUCUGAAGGGCCUUCAGGAAGCUUGGAGCUUGAGGGUUGUGGCAGCAUGACGCAGGUCUCCAGUGACUGGACUAAACUUGACCCUGAAGUGACAAGUACAGACGAGACUCCAACUUACAGCCUAGAGUCUGAAGCAGGAAACUUUGAAUGCAGCGUCUCUGGCUUGCGCUGGGUCUGUAAGGAAAAGGUCAGCUUGAAGUACCAGUUUUGCUCUUCGAAGUAUCACAUGGAGAAGAUUGAAAGCAUACAGUACAUGCCUGCAGGUCCCCUUAUGGACGUCAAGGUCAUUGCUGGGAAGUUAGAUGUUGUGUUCCUGCCUCACUGGAUCUGCAUCGACGACAACCCUACAAUAUUAGACAAGUUUGCAGUCCUGCACAUCGAUGACUGUGGAGUUACUGUGGAAAAAGUGUCUGAGGUCACAUCGUCGCAUGUCAAGCUGUGUGAGCCAACUUUCUCUCUGAAAAUGGUCCUGGUCAAACUUGGCUUUUCAGUGGAAAUAAACUGCAAGGUGUUCAUAUACAAGACCAACAGACCAUUCCUCAAACUCCAUGUUUACCUGAUCCCACCUGACCCUGCUCUGAAAGAGGAAUUGGACAAGAAGAAAAACUCCUUUGGAUAUGAAGAAAUCCCAUUGCAACAUCCAAAGAAGCCUCUGAAGAUGAAUGAUUGGUUCAUCCUUACAGCACAUUUGGAUGGCAAAGAAAUGGCGUCUGAUUCAUUACCGCUCAUAUAUGAAAGCAUGGAGCCCAACUUCUACCAAUUGUUUAUUGAGAAUCCAGACAAAGACUUUGAGCUCCAGCUGAAACUGGAAGAUGAGCUUCCUGUAUGGACUCAGAAAAUUCUAAAAAAAGAAUAUCAAAGCACAGGUCCUGUAGAAGAUAAACACCUGCCUGCACCGCUGCAGAAGGAUGCAGCUAUCACAGAAGAAGAAAAGAGGCUUUUGAAAGUGCUGAAAGAUUUGAGUUCGGAACAGUUCAAAGAGUUCAAGUGGCACCUGCGGAACAUCAUCCCAUGGGAGCAGCUGGAGCACAGUGACAGGUUAGACGUGGUUAAACUGACGUGGCAGACCUACACCGAAAAGUCCUUUGAGGUGACCAAGGAUGUUUGCAAGGAAAUAAACCGGAAUGAUCUGGUGCAGAAGUUGUCGGAGGCCGGCUCAUGAUCCAAAGAGCAACACUUCUCUGCACGGAUCCACAGAGUGAACAUCUGUCUGACUGGACACUUUCAUUCAUUCAUUAUCCUUUACCGCUAAUCUGAACUCGGGUCGCAAUGUGACUCAACACAACACAGCUUUAAUUCACCACAUGCCUCAACUGAACUGAUAAAUUAUGAUACAAACCAAAAACUGAGGCUGUCUUCAGGUGUGUAUCUUUAGCAACAAUACUUUAAAGUUUUAUUCAAUCAUGUAAAGGAGGAACACAAGAAGAAAUGUGAGUUUUUUUUUAUUCAUUUCAGUCAAACUGAAAUUUGCAAGUUUUUAACACACAAGUGUACAUUUUUUUUUUAUGUUUUAGAUUUCAUUUUUUACUGAAUAUUUUUCUGAAAACCUUUUUCAUGUCUUAUAGAAAACACUUUAUAUGACCUUGUGGUAAGAAAGAAGUUAUAUAAAUGCACCUUUGUUACAUAUGAAUGUACUGUAUUCUUUGAAUUUACUUGGUUGCAACAGAAGUAAAGGUAAAGUAAAAACGAAGUAAGCUGUAAACGUUUUGCUGUUCGAGGGUCAUUCCAAAUGUUCUGUCUUAAAAUAAAAUGUUUA